AUGUCAGAUCCUGAGUUAAACAUUAUCUCUUUGAGUCAUUACACACAUACACACACACCCUUAUUAGGUGGGUAUCACCCUAAGGAAACCGAGGUUUCAAAUGGUGCCCAUAUUUGCUCAGGCUUAAGGAUGGAGCUUCCCCAGGAGCUUAAUGGGAAGGAAUCUGCCUACAAUGCAGAAGAUACAGGAGACACAGGAGAUGCAUGUUCGAUCCGUGGGUUGGGAAGAUCCCCUGUGGGAGGAAAUUGCAAUCCACUCAAGUAUUUUUGCCAGGAAAAUUCUACGGACAGAGGAGUCUGGCGGCCUACAGUCCACGGGGUCGCUAAGAGUUGGACACGACUGAGCAAUUGA